GGGAUUUCACCACUUUCGCUCAGCGAGGUCUGAGGAGAACUUCAAGUUGAAGGAAAGGUUCUGCCACGGUGAAAAUGAGGAUGAUGAAGAGGUGGAUAUUCCAUGCUGCUGUGACCCUCUGCUGGGUUGGCUGGUUUGCCAAGGGAGAGGUCUUCACCUCCAUCGGUCAAAUGACAGACCUGAUAUACACAGAGAAGGAGCUGGUCCAGUCUCUCAAAGAGUACAUCCAAGCUGAAGAAGCCAAACUAGCUGCUGUGAAAAGCUGGGCCAAUAAGCUGGACACGCUGACGCAAAUCUCGACCUCUGACCCGGAGGGAUACCUGGCGCACCCGGUCAAUGCCUACAAGCUGAUGAAGAGGCUGAACACGGAGUGGUCAGAGCUGGAGAGCCUCGUCUUGCAGGACUCUUCUGAUGUGUUCAUCGCCAACAUGUCUGUACACCGGCCAUACUUCCCUGAUGAGGAAGAUGAGAAGGGUGCAGCGAAGGCACUGAUGCGUCUCCAGGACACCUAUAAGCUGGACUCUGAGAGCUUCUCCAAAGGGAGGCUGCCAGAAGCUGAUGACUCUGUGCGGGUGCCUGCAGGCGUGCGGUAUAACGCUCACCUGACAGUGGACGACUGCUACGACAUGGGAAAGACGGCCUAUAACGAGGGGGACCAUUACCACUCGGUGCUGUGGAUGCAGCAGGCCCUGAGGCAGCUGGACGCGGGCGAGGACGCCGUAGUCUCCAAGGCUGACGUCCUGGACUACCUGAGCUACUCCGUCUACCAGAUGGGCGACCUGCCUCGGGCCAUCGAGCUGACCAGACGCCUGGUGGCCAUCGACCCCAGCCACCAGAGGGCAGGAGGGAACCUGCGGUAUUUCGAGGGGCUGCUGUCCAAAGAGAUGCGGGAGAGAGAGAGGUCGGCCCCUGACCCCGCCAUGGAGAGGCCCAUCCAGCUGGGCACAUACGAACGCCCCCGAGACUACCUGCCCGAGAGGGAGACCUAUGAGGCCCUGUGCAGGGGAGAAGGUGUCAGAAUGACCCCACAGAGGCGCAGCCGGCUCUUCUGCCGCUACCAGGACGGGAACCGGAACCCGCGGCUCCUGCUGGCGCCCAUGAAGGAGGAGGACGAGUGGGACAGCCCGCACAUCGUCCGCUACCUGAAUGCCCUGUCCGAUGAGGAGAUCGAGAAGAUCAAAGAACUGGCCAAGCCCAGGCUUGCAAGGGCUACUGUUAGAGAUCCAAAGUCAGGCGUUCUGACCGUUGCAAAUUACAGAGUAUCCAAAAGCGCCUGGCUGGAGGGAGAGGACGACCCCGUCAUCGCCCGCGUCAAUCAGAGGAUUGAGGACAUUACUGGCCUGACAGUGGACACGGCCGAACUGCUCCUGGUGGCCAACUAUGGUGUGGGAGGCCAGUAUGAACCACAUUAUGAUUUCUCAAGGAAAGAUGAGCCUGAUGCUUUCAAAAGAUUAGGCACUGGAAAUCGUGUGGCUACUUUUUUAAAUUAUAUGAGUGACGUUGAAGCGGGAGGGGCCACCGUAUUCCCAGAUUUUGGUGCAGCCAUCUGGCCCAGAAAGGGAACCGCAGUGUUCUGGUACAACCUCUUCAGAAGUGGUGAAGGAGACUACAGGACCAGACAUGCUGCCUGUCCUGUUUUAGUUGGAAGUAAAUGGGUGUCAAACAAGUGGAUCCACGAGAGGGGCCAGGAGUUCCGGAGGCCGUGUGGAUUGACGGAAGUGGACUGAACCCUGCACAAACCCCCGCCCCGCCCCCUGCAGGCCUCGAACCUGACCACCGCACACACUCCCUUCUCCCGCUUCCCUCAGGACUCGUGCUGCUCCUGGAAGCCACACAGACCUGACCUGGAUUACCUGGAAGAGCUGUCUGAUGCGUAUGGAAAUCUGUGGACAAUGGCGCUUCCACUCGUAGCCCACGGACAAUGGUCAGAUGGUGUGUAAAUACAGGUGUUUGUCUUAUUUUGAAAGAUUUUUUAACCCCUAUUUUUCAUACAACAGACAACAAUUGUGCCAUAAAUAUCCACUACAAUCUAAAAAA